GCACGCCUCCUCACCUCAGCCUCGGUGGAGCCAGGGACAGGAUGCCUGCCUGUGUUGCUGACACAUGUUUGCUGGUCUCCGAGGGUGCCGCCAGCACGGUCCCAACAUGCCACGCACCAACAACUACAGCAAUGUAAGCAACCGCCGCUGUCCCUCACCAGGAUAAAAGAUCCACGGAGAGGUCUCUCAAGGCUUGCCCACCCGGAUCCUGCCUGAUCACUCCAAAGAUCCCAUCAAAGCCGCCAUCCACCAACGGCUUUACAGACUGAACGAACCACCCCUGCUCUACCACGCAUACCGACAAGUCUAACUUGUAAGCAUGUCACGAAGGCCCGGUCCCAUCCCAGGUGAGGCAGCCAGCUUUCACGACAUGUCAUCUCCGGCAACACUCUUGCGAUUGCCACUCGAGCUCUUGGUACAGAUCGCCAGCUACCUAUCGACGCGGGACGUCCUCUGCAGCCUAGCAUGUGCGAGUCGGUUCACACACUCAGCCGUCACAGAUUUCGCCUAUGCGAGACACGUGCGGUACGGCCCGGCCGGAGCGGCACCGCUGUGGUGGGCAGCUCGAAAGGGUCUUCUCGAGCCAGCACGACGGGCCCUCGCGUUCGGUGCGGACCCAAACGAGCACACGGAGGACGCUGUCGUGAUGCGCGGCCAGCGCAAUACGACGCCGCUUGCGGCAGCGGUGUUCAGCAAAGACGUCGCCAUGGUGAAGCUGCUUCUCGAGCACGGGGCACAUCCUGGCUGCCUGGUGUACAGCCAGACGACGCUCACACACGCCGCGGCCGAGGGGAGCCUGGAUAUUGCGCGGCUGCUGCUCGAACAGGAGCGCAGAGACUGGAAUCCCUCUAUGGUGCGACGACAUCCGUGUGACGACUCACAGCCGCAAUUCGCAUCAAAGCUGGUCCACCUGCGCAACAGUAUUGGAUCGUCUGCCCUACACCAGGCGGCAGAGGCGGGCGAUGAGGACAUGGCCCGCCUGCUGCUGAGCUACGGAGCCCGCGUGGAUUCUAGAGACAUCCAGGGCUUGACGCCGUUAUGCGUAGCGAUCAAGAACAACCAUCUCGCCACAGCGAGGCUCUUGCUGGAAGCCGGUGCUGAUCCGCUGGCCAUUGACUACCAGGGCAAGCGGUGCCCGCUGUCGAUUGCCUCACGACUGGCCCUUAACAUGGGCGCCAAGGCGCAAGGACCACUUGCUUUUUUCAAGCUGCUCCUUUCAGCUACGAUGAGCGGAUCGCCGGAUGAUGAAGCCAGUGACGGCGCGGAGGCGCAGCUCACUCUGCCCACCGAGUUGCUGCACGACCUGCUCUCCACCGGCACUGUUCCCGUCAUCGAUGCGAUACUCGCACUCGGCGCAGAUCCGGACACGAGAUCCACCGAUGGCUCGACUCCCUUGCUGCGUCGGGCAAGGAACAAGCCUGGCGAGCGGGAUAAUGCCCCGGCCGUGUGGAAGCUGCUGGAUUUUGGUGCGUCUCUAGAGGCCACACUGCCUGGCCAGCCCGAGACGCCUCUACUUUACGCCAUUGAGAAGAGGCAGGACGAAGUGGUGCAGGUUCUUGUGGCCAGAGGCGCGAGCCUGACCGCCAGGGACAAGGACGGCAGAGACCCCCUCCUGAAGGCCAUCUCCCUCGAUCGCCGGUGGGUGACGCACCUGCUCCUCGACAGCGGCGUGGCAGUGGAGACGAUGGACUCUUAUGGCACAAGUGCCUUGGCUCUCGCCGCUGGGAGUGGUAUGCACGGCAUCUCAGCCCGGCUCCUCGAGCUCGGGGCGGUUCUGGAAACGAAAGACAAGCUAGGCAGGACCCCGCUCGUAUGGGCUGUGGAAUCAGAGAACCUUGAGGACAUGCGUCUCCUGCUUGACCAUGGCGCGGCGGUCGAUGUUGUCUACUCGCAUGUGGACUCGCCAGAUGGCGAGACAGUCAGUUCGGAAGAGGCAGGGACAUCAGAGCCCGUGCCAAUCCCCCGAAGCCGGACACCACUUAACACUGCUGUGCGUAAUGGCUCUCUUGACAGUGUUCAAGCACUUCUCAAGGCAGGGGCGGAUCUUCAGCUGGCACGGCAGCUAGAUCCGGCAAUGCUGCAGUGCACGGAGCAGGCAGACGAGGCUGAGGCUUUGGUAAACCUGCUGAGAGCAGUACGGACUCGAAGAGGAAACAUGGGCGUCUGAUAGAUGCUUGCAACUUGCAUAAAUAUGCCAAACAGGUCACGUUGGCCUUGUACAAUCCGCACUCCAUCUCUGUAUUCCUCAUUAUUUGAUUUGUCGUGGACCUUUGACGGCACUUGCUCCCGACUGUUCGCUGGAACAAGGGGGGCUUAUACU